AUGUCUGGCAGUCUUCACCGAGCGCCAGUGGUGGGAAUGAGUCGAGAGAAUCUGUCAAAUACUACCGUGGCUGAGCGCAACUCGCGUAUCGACAAGAAUCAGUCAACGGCUGUAAAAAUUCCUGAAGAGUGGGUCCAGUACGCGCUCGUGGAUACUGCGACGAACACGUUUGCUAUCAAAGUUACCCGCUGUCAGCUGGAGCACAACCAUCGGCUCAACGUCCAGUCAUUCAAAUCUCAUCCAUCUAAUCGGGUCGUUCUUGAGGAAGAGUCCAUGCAAACUAGCAUUUUGCAUUUCAUCAAGGACAAUUCCGAGAGCAACCCCACUUCUCAAGAUGUCCGCAACCUAGUGCGCAAGUUGAAGGAGCGUGAUGCACGAGAUGGACCCAGCACGGCUGAGAAGAGGUUGAAAAAGUGGAUGAAGCAAUUUGGAGACACCCCCGGAAAAGGUGGCAGGAUUUUCGUGGAUGACAUUAAUCAGUAG